AUUAUUAAUUUUAUUAUGAUUUGUAAUUUAUCAUUUUAUAUUUAGAUUUCUUGUGCGAAAUUCCCUUUUUUCCUGGUAGAGCUGAGGAGGCAGAAGCUUAGUGUGAAAAUCGCUUAGAAGAAGCGCGCGUGACGAAGGAAUAAUUCCCAGCUGCAUUCUCGAGACGAGUUUUGAUGUUUGUAUCCGCGUAUAUAUCUCCACUGAUUCAGAACCAGUAAGAGCUUAAGAAUCAAAGUAGUAGCAGUAGUCAAUGUUAAUCACAAAAACCAUCUAUUAAUUUCUUCAAUGGACAGUAGAUCAACAAUAUUCUUUUGCGUAUUACUUCUGGCCGUCAAUGGUAAAGCAUCACCAGCCGGGGAGGAUAGAAAAACUUGCGGGAAUUUUCAAUACAAAUGCAAGAAUGGAGAUUGCAUUCCACAAGAUCGUCUCUGCGAUGGACACACAGAUUGUUCUGACGAGUCAGACGAAACAAGAGAGGCAUGCAAAACAAUGAGAUGCAGUCCUUAUGUUUUUAAAUGUGAAUACGGCGCUUGUGUCGAUGGCGAUUCAAUUUGCAAUGGAAUUAAAGAUUGCGCCGACAAUAGUGACGAGACAUUGCCGUCAUGCUCGAGGAAUAAUAGCACAAUUGUCGGCGAAUGUCGUUCCAAUCAAUUUAAAUGUAAAAAUGGUCAAUGCAUCGAGAGUACAUCGCUUUGCGAUGGAACUGUUGACUGUCGAGAUGAAUCGGACGAAACUGCUCAAACCUGCAGUUCAUUUCCAUGUGACUCGUACGUUUUUCGUUGCACAUACGGAGCGUGCAUUGAUCUUGACUUACGGUGCAACGGAGCCGUGAAUUGUGCCGAUGGCUCCGAUGAAGAUCCAACUCUGUGCAUUAAGGGAUCAACCGAUAGACCUAAAGUGACCUCGAGGCCAACGACAAAUCGUCCAAAUAGUCAGAGACCAACUCCGAGACCAAUUACCCAAAGAACAACUCAACGACCUACUCAGAGACCAGUCGCCGAAAUUACGUGUCGAGUGCCUCAGCAACCGCCUAAUGGUCACUAUAAAUUAUACAAGAGUCACUGUUCAAGUGGAGAACAUUGCAACGUGAGUCCUGGAGUUCGUACACUAGAAAAGGGAACUCAAUUAAUUUACAGUUGCGCUUCGGGAUUUCGAAUGGAAGGUUACAAAGACGUUCUCUGCGGUCCCGAUGGAAAAUGGCUGAAUACUCCCAAAUGCAUUGAAAUUCGUUGCCCGGGUCUAUCGUCAGUGACAAUGGAGGCCUAUUGUGUGCACAACAAUAAACAUGUACCAUGCGAAGAGUCAGUUCUUCCAUUCACAUCGGCGGAAUUACGAUGUCGAGCGAGCUAUCAUCAGGAGCAAAAUCAUUAUAGUUUACCAAUAAGAAAGGAGAAAGUGAUUUGCAAUGAAACAGGUCACUGGUCACCAGAUCCAAUUGAAUGCGUCGCAGAUUGUGGUAAGGCUGCAUUAAAUGUGGUGCAACUAAUUGUGAAUGGAACAUUGGCGAAACCCUCGGAAUUUCCAUGGCAUGCAACAAUGUACAGACAGGAUCAUGGAAAUGAUGAAAAACAAUUUAUAUGUGGCGCUUCAAUUAUUCAAGAAGACUUACUGAUAACGGCAGCUCAUUGUGUCUACGACGAAUCAUCUCGUCGACUGUACGACGCUUCACGAUUUUAUGUGGCAACGGGAAAUAUUUUUCGUGAUUACGACGCUCCCUCCCCUUAUGUUCAAAGAAGAAAGGUGAAAAGUAUCUUCAUUAGAUGCACAUACCGUGGAUUACAAGGACUUUAUGCGAAUGAUAUUGCAAUUUUAGAAUUAAAAGAGUCAUUUAUAUUCACUGGACUCUUGAUGCCAAUUUGUCUCGAUUAUCGUGCACGAUUGGGAAACAAACCAGUAUUAGAAACCGGAAAUUUAGGACGAGUACCAGGCUUCGGAAGAACGGAAGAAGGAUCGACGAGUUAUAUUUUAAGAUCAAUUGCAGUCCCUUAUAUUUCACAGCAGCAAUGCGAGACUGCUGCUGCUGAAACUGACAGUGCAAGUUUCAUUACUGCUGACAAAUUCUGUGCAGGCUACACAAACGGUUCAUCUGUUUGUGACGGUGACAGUGGAGGUGGAUUGGUAUUUAAGGACAAAGAAUUAUGGUUUCUCCGUGGAAUUGUCAGUGUUGGAAUUGGUGCAAAAGGUGAUAAUGGCGAAAGAACUUGUAACAGUUAUACGUAUUCUUUAUACACCGAAAUUGCGAGUGGAAAUUUAGAUUGGAUACAGGAUGUUGUACAAAAUUUACGAAGCAACAAAUUUUAUCCACAAUGUCAUGUAGAAGAAAUAAAAUUUUUCGAAUCUUAAUAAAAUUGUUUUCUUUUUCAAUUGUUUAGAAAAUAAAAAAAUAAUUGUAAAAGAAUUU